UGUGUGUAGUGGAAGUGUGCGACUUGACGGACGGUUGGUGUUUUUAUUUCUUGCUAUGGUUAUUUUUCUUGGAUGAAUUAGAAAAAAUAGAAGAACAAAAAAAAAAAACAAAGUACAAUAUCUAAAUAAAGACAGUAGAAGGAAGGAAAAUGAAGUAAUAAAAUUAAAUGAAAAUCUAAUAUUACCAAAAUCUAACUAAAAUUGUUGGGAAAAACUGUCCAGUCUAGAGUUAAAUUUAAAAAUAACAUUUGAGAAGUGGCUGAGUUCGCGAUAUAAAUUAUAAUUUAUUUAAUUUGCAUAAUUUUUUUUAAAGAAAACAAGGUCUAAAAUUAUGUCAAAUCAAAUUUAUUUAACAUCUACUACGUCAACAACAAACAUAACAAAAUUUCAUAAUUGUUGGUGGUGCGUUAAAAAAUGUGCAUUAGCUUUGUUGUUGCUUGUGUUAUUGGCCAACAUGAUGGUGGUCGUCACAGCCACAUCGUCUACGUCGUCAAUGGAUGUUAAUAGCCAAGCAACAGCUGUUGACUUGAAAGGCAAAUUGGUAUUUGCCCAUGUGCUUUAUCGCCAUGGUGAUCGUACUCCCAUUGAGCCUUAUCCCACAGAUCCUUGGCGUGAUUUGAAAUAUUGGCCAACUGGUUGGGGUCAAUUGACUAAUAUUGGCAAACAACAGCAUUAUCACUUGGGACAAUGGCUGCGUAAACGUUAUAGCAGCCUUUUAAGUGACACCUAUAACAAGGAUGAAAUUUAUGUGCGUUCAACUGAUGUUGAUCGUACCCUAAUGAGUGCUUUGUCGAAUUUGGCUGGCCUCUAUGAACCGAUUAAGAAGGAUGUUUGGGAUCCGGCCAUACAUUGGCAGCCAAUACCAGUGCAUACACAGCCAGAAAAAACGGAUGCGGUUCUUGCCGGCAAAGCCGCUUGUCCAGCUUUCGAGUAUGCCCUGUCCGCUUUAAAAGAUUCACCUGAAAUGCAAACCCUUAACGAUCGUUACGCCUAUCUCUACAAUUAUCUCUCAAAAUAUGCUGGCAUAAAAAUCGAUUCUCUAGAAGCAGUACAACGUAUUAAUAACACAUUCUUCAUAGAGGAACUUUACAACAAAACUCUGCCUGAAUGGACGAAAAAAGUUUAUCCCAGCACCGAUAUGACCUAUAUAUCGGAUUUUACAUUUUCCAUUAAUACAUACACGCGACAAAUGGCACGCCUAAAGACGGGUCCUCUGAUCAAAGAAAUGCUGGAAAGAUUUGUUGACAAAUCAAAAGGCAAACUUAAUCCAAAUCGUUCUUUGUGGGUUUACUCGGCCCAUGACACAACAGUAGCCAAUGUUUUGAAUACCUUGAAAUUAUAUGAUGUACAUAGUCCUCCUUAUAUUGCUUGCAUAAUGUUGGAAUUACGCUUGGAUGACAAAUUACAACCUUAUGUUUCCAUAUUCUAUAAGAAUACCACAGCUGAGCCAGUACCUUUGUUUAUACCAGACUGUGGUGUGGCUUGUCCCCUCAAUAAAAUGUUUACUAUAUACAGUGAUAUUUUACCAAAAGACUGGGAAAGUGAAUGCAAACUUUCCACUCUAAUGAUGACUUAUGAAGAAGCUAAUAUUGGCACAGCUAUGGGCAUUUUAGUUGCUAUUAUAACAAUUAUGUUGUUCCUUUCCUAUGUUGUCAUGAUUUACUACCGGCGACGCAGUUACAAGAAUCAUUUCUCCUACAUACAGCCUUCUGGCCAAGACAGUAAUAAUAAGGAGAAAACUCCUUUGCUGGCCCAACGUAUGCCUGCCAAAAGAUCCAGCAGUGAGGGUCCCCAUUUGAGAAGGAAGAAGUAAAUUUUGAAUUUUUCGCUUGGUUUGAAAAUUCUAAGUUUUUGGAUUUCGUUGGAAUUUAUGAAAGUUAUUGGUUUUAUGUGAUAAAAUUUGGGGAGUAUUAUACAAGGUUCUUUAUUAUAAAUGUUUUAGCUAAAUUUAUUAGUUAAUUGCCUAGGUGUUAUAGUAUACAUACAUAUAUUUAUCAAGACAGCUUUAUUUUUAAUAAAAAAAUAUUAGAAAAUAGUUUUCGCAAAUAA